AUGUUCCAAGUUGCUUUCCGGCCCAAACCUCCUAAACGUACUGAUAGGCGAAAUAAACAACAGCCGAGGAUUGAAUGGCAGAGUCGUGCUCUCUGGUCCCCGAGACAACCGAGAUGUGUGCACCGCCUUCCACGUUCUCCCCUCGGAAUUGAGCCUCUUGAAACCCUUGCUAUGGGCUUCGACAAUAUGUCUAUCGGCAGCGGGGAUUCUGGCAGCCGUUGCCCUAUACACGCGUCUUCAGAAUUAGAACUGUCGACCCUUCCUCUUGAGAUCCGGCUUCUCAUAUACAACUAUGUGUUCACUCGGGACGAUAUCAACGUCUCCUCUGACUUGGAACGGGUCUGUGGACAAGGCUUGUCUGCUACGGAUCGGUUCUUCUACAGAGAGACUCGAAGCCGUUACUACGGGUGCGCGGAAUUUGGCUUUUGUAGCCCUCUAGUCUGUAAACGUUUCCUGGAUAUUAUCGGGAUCCACAUCAGCAACUUACGGAAUCUGGCGGUGACUUUUAAAUUUUCCGAUGCACACAUUUUGCAGUCCAUAUUCAAGAGAGCUUCGAAGAUUCAAACCCUGCGUUUGAAUUACACCAGUCACCACGAUGAAGUCCGACCUGUUUACCUGCCUUCGGUAAGGCGGGAAGACCCUUCGAUAGAAAACAAAAUCCGCCUCCGGCCCGCAUCGCACUCGCUAUCAAAACUGAAAUCGAUACGCAAAUUGACGGUGCUGGGGCUCGUGAAGCCUCGAGAAAUUCAGAGAGCCAUCCUUAAGCUGGGUCUCAAAAUGAUGGAGGUCGCUGGGACAGAAGGGAAAAGUGUCAUCGAGUCCACGACACUGGAUGCCUAUACUUCUCACAGACAACCACGUGACCGAUAUGAGAUUGAGAUCCUGAACCGAUCUCAUGAUUGA